AUGAACCACUUAUCUUUGAGCACUUCUGCCACCACCUCGAAUAUGACUACGUGUCGUUUUUGGCUUGAGGGAGCUUGUAAAAACGGAUCAAAGUGUCGCUUUGCACAUCAAUACAUUAAAAACACCAUUAACACAAACAGUAAUGACUCUCCAUCGAAUAAAAUUGUCUGUCGAUAUUGGAACUUAGGAUAUUGUAGACGUGGAAUUACAUGUCAUUUUUUGCAUCCCGGAUCAGGUAAACUUUUAAUAUAUCAGGCUAUCUUUUUCGAAAAAUCGAUAGAUAUUUAUUAUUAUGCAACCACAGAAAGGUGUAGUGCUCCUCCCAAAUCUCUUCCGGCCCCAUAUCCAAUUAAAUGGUUACAGAUCCCGAAUUAUUUGCCGCAAACAAAGUUUAAUUUCAACGUGAGUCAUCCGAACCAAUUUUACCUAAUCUCUAAACAGUUAUGUAACGUAGACGAAGCUAAGGAAGAGGGUGAAGCUUCAGAAGACGAAGACAAUGAGUUUGAUCAAAAUUUCAAUGAGGUGGUAGGAUUUUUUGAACAAAAUGAUGUAGACAACAACGACGAUGAUAAUAAUAAUAUUAAUGAUGAUCUGGCGUUAAGAUUAGUCGGACACGAACAAGAUCAAGAUCACAAAGAGCAUUCUUGCAACGAUUCAGAUCAAUCUGUUAAAGAUAUAAAUAUCAAAGAGGAGGAAGAGGGUUCACUGGCGAAUGAAGGUGAAUCCGAUUCUGAUAUAUCGGAAUCAAGAGUCGAAGCUGAUCCCGAUUCUGAUAAUAACAAUGAGUUACUAACGGAAGAUGAAUUACAGUCUCAUUCUUUAACAAAUGGAAGACUUGAUAUAGAACCAUACGAAAGGGUAAUCGAGGUAUCCGAAACAUCAUCUGAUUCAGAAGAAUAUGAACACUCAUUAUCUAACAUUACAAUCAGCGACUCAGAAGUGUAUCAUCCAUUUGAUGCAUUUAAUGGAAACCUCAAAAGUCAUAAGGUAGCGUCCAAAGUCGAAGAAAUGGAUGUAGAUGAAGAGACAGAAGGAGAACAGGAAAAUAAUCCUGAUGACACUUGUGAGAUUGAACUUGACGACGAUCAAUUUGAAGAAUACGAGUAA